AUGCUAGCUAGAUUCGGUGUUUUCCUCCUAUUCUCUACGGCUACGGCAUCCGUAUGGACGUUUCAAGUCGACGUCACUCCAACAUGCGCAAACGGGGCUUAUCCGCCAAAUCCACCCUACAUCGUCCUCGGCAAGUCCAAUUGGUGGCACGAUAAGGCUCUAGAUACGGUUUAUUGCCGCACGAGCUGCACUCUGAAGACUCAGGAAAUCGGUUCGGAUGAUAAACUCUAUCUUAAAGUCGAUGCCCAGUGUGGAGAGUCGGCAGAGCACUGGCAUUGCUAUUACUUUAAUGCUUUGCCUGCAACUACGAAUUACUACAACAAAGAUGGUGAGACGAAGACGACAAAGAAAAAAGCCGGCAAGUGGGACUCAGACGGAAGCAGCGAUGAAGAUGACGAUAUGUUUACCGAUGACGAUGAAACGAACGCUUUCAAAGAGAGUGAUGAGGAGAUGAGUUCAAAGAAGACGAGGAGACGAGUUCAAAGA